GCGUCCAGCGUCCGUCCCACUCGUCCCACUGCGGCUGCUGCUGUAAAUAUACAUGUCUCCUUCUACUAUAUUGACCUUUUUAAUGGAUAAUUAAACGCUGUGUGUGUGCGGGAUAGCAUAUGAACGAUUGACAGCACUAAUUAAUCCUCAAUUAAGGUCAUUGUUGAGACCUGUCGUAAACACAACGUGCCUAAUCCAUUCAUCUGGGUCCUGCAUGCUCUAUUUACGUGGAGGUCACAGAGAGCAGAUGAUGUAAUCCAGCCCCAGUCAAGAACCCCCGUUUCAAACGUUUCCUGGUAAGGAUGAACUUGCAGUUGACGUUAGCUCUGUGAAAUGUCCUUGUCGAGGAUCGCACGCCAGCCUCGGGCGGGGCUGCUUGGGUGCAUCCACCAGCAGUUAUUCCUGAACCCCUCCUCUCUGCCGGGGGGGGCCGACACGAGGCCCAUGAGCCGGGUCCCGUACCGGAGACCCGGUGAGCCCAAAGACAACCGGCCUCCCUGGAAGAAGAUCAAGUUCGACUUCGCCAAGGGCGUGGAGGGCGUGGGGCGGCAGAUGAUGCUGCUGAAGAAGGAGCUGCUGGACCCCCUGGUGGGGCCCGAGGGGAAACCCAUGCUGGAGCACAUGCUGGAGCAGAACCGCGUGGUGUGGGAGUUCCGGGGCUCCGAGUGCCUGGGGCAGUGGAGCGUGUCGUCGGACCGCGAGAUCGGCGGGCAGAGCGAGGCGUACCUGAAGCUGGGCCGCAACGACAACACCUGCCUGCUGUACGGGAGCCUGAACGCCGCGCCGCCGCGCGACGGGGAGACGCGCUACAGCGGUUACUGCACCCUGCGCUCCAAGCAGCGGCUGUGCUCCUUCGACCGGAAGACCCACUUUGAUUGGACGAGCUUCAACACCCUGCACCUGCGGGUGCGUGGCGACGGGCGUCCCUGGAUGAUCAACCUGGCCCCCGAGACCUACUUCAGCCACCAGAAGGACGACAUCUACAGCUACUUCCUGUACACCCGGGGAGGGCCCUACUGGCAGGACGUCAAGAUCCCUUUCUCAAAGUUCUUCCUUGGGCAUCGUGGCCGAAUACAGGAUGAUCAGCACCAUCUCUGGCUCGACAAGAUCAACACGAUAGGCUUCACCCUGGGGGAUAAGGUGGACGGGCCCUUCCAGCUGGAGAUAGACUUCAUCGGGGUGUGUAAAGACUACGCGCACACAGAGGAGUUUGCUUACGAGAAGUACAAGAGGAACCCUGAAGUAUAGGCUGGACCGCUUCAUUCAGGGCCAGCCUUGAAUGGCCGCUGAAACCAAUUACUGUAAAUACAAUUCAGGGACGGACUGACCAUGAAGGUCAAUAAAUAAAGAUUUUUUUGGUUUUAA